ACACGUCGAAAAGGGAACACUUUGUCGUCGUCACCGUUUUGGACGAUUUAUUCACCGCAAAGCUCUCUCGUCAGCGAGAAUGCGGAAGUGAGCAAGCUAAGCUAGUGCUAUCUAGCGACGUCAUAAUUUGUUGUUAUAGCGUCGUUGAAUACACAUUUAUGAAUAAUAAUAACAAAAAAAAACACCACAAUAUUCGUAUCGAAACGUGUAUGCUGCGAACAAAACAAAACAAAAAAACAGGCACGGAAGUUAGCGACACGAAGCACAGAGCCCGGUAAAGUGUUGUUGUUAUUGUUGUGGAGGGGAAACAAAAUGUGCAAAGUCCAAAUGCUGCGAGCUUUGGUGAAUCAGCGACUAAACGCUGCCGUUGAAGAAAUAUUUGUGGCGUUUGAAACAACGAUGGAGGAACUGUGUCGAUCCAAACAGGAGAUCGAGCGACAGCGCCGACUGCUGGACGCUGUUUGCAAGCCUCGAGACUCUAAUAGCUCAUUAUACCAUAGUUACUCUAUAUUUAUUGUUCAUGCCGACUUCCAUAUAUCUUAUCUUUUUGAAUCAUAACCUCUGCAGGGGUGUCAAUAGCUGUUUCGUAUUAUUCACGCUAAGGUACUUACUACCAUAUCAGGUGAACUUCUUCGAUAGUCUUGUGGUAGACAUUCCGACAUUGGUCCGACUCCGUAUCCCCCCAGUCAUGCAUGCGCAGUGUCUUCCUCAGCUCUCCUCCAUCCAACUUCCUGUGAUGAACUUGCAUAAACUAGCAACCUCCAAUAUCAGUAAAGUGUUUAAUCAAAGUUCAGAAUUGGACUACUAACCUCCCGUUGGGAUACAUCACGCAUCAAUGUGUCCACUUUACCCGGGCACCCUUCUUCGAUAGCUGUCUGCGGUUCGCCGGCAGUAGAUGUUACUGGUAGGAGUCAGUACAGCAAAGUUCCUAGAGGCUCCUCGCCCAGCAAAUACACAACAACAGGAAUACAAACCACCAUCCACAUUUAAAUAACGAAUCACAUGUUAACACCGAUAAUUCAUUGUUAACACGUUUCCCAACAGCGGCAAUGUCAAUAGACCAAGAAUCACAUAAGAAUCGGCGUUAAGUCAGCACUCCCAUAACCUGCAAUAAAUCAACACCGUCACCCUGCAUCCUCCUGGGCGUCCUGAAAAAUAAAGUUAUGUCCAAAAAGCAGAGUCUUCCCCGUGUCCUUAUGUACCCCGUCACAAAGGUCAGUUCGUCAACAGUCUGUGUAGACCUUGCCCACUUGUCCGUCACAAUGUCCUCGGUCGUCAUCAUCAUGUUGGUCUCAGAUGACCCCACAAAGUGCAUCAAAGCCUUCUCCACAUGAGGGAAUUUGACCCAGUGGUGCUUCAUUUCUGCUUUUACUCAACACAACACAAACAUUGAACACAAAAUCAUAAACAUUGGACACAAACCAUAAACAUUGAACACAGAAUAUAUAUUGGUUGACUCGUAAUUCCCAACCAACCCCUCUGGAAGCAUUUGUGUGCUUACCCAAUCGGCGGAUCUAAAUUUGUAAUUCGCGAGCUAUGAAACUUGUGCAGCCUCCUGAGGCUUUUUGUUUUUAACGCAAUUAAUAUCCCACUUCCCUCGUUCCUGUUUGGGCAAAAACCGCCUCCUCCCCUGCCAUCACGUAACUCGUAUUUGAAAGUUGAUCGGUUUGAACUCACUAUUACAAUCGCUACACGUGGUUUUCCUCCUCAGUACCGCGAUAUUCCUGCGAGAUUGACGAUUUAAAAAUAGCUCUGGUACCGACUGAUUUCUUAUUAUUACUCCCCGGGUGUACAAGAAACGGCUUGCUACACCCACGUCACUGCGCAUGAUCUUCCCCUGAUUCCUCUACCAAUCUGCAGGAAUCCUUCAUUGCUUUUUGCCUAAUUUCCAAUAUCACAUCUGCCAAAUCCGGCACGGUGGCCGACUGGUUAGAGCGUCAGCCUCACAGUUCUGAGGACCCGGGUUCAAUCCCCGGCCCCGCCUGUGUGGAGUUUGCAUGUUCUCCCCGUGCCUGCGUGGGUUUUCUCCGGGUACUCCGGUUUCCUCCCACAUCCCAAAAACAUGCAUGAAUUGGAGACUCUAAAUUGCCCGUAGGCAUGACUGUGAGUGUGAAUGGUUGUUUGUUCCUAUGUGCCCUGCGAUUGGCUGGCAACCAGUUCAGGGUGUACCCCGCCUCCUGCCCGAUGACAGCUGGGAUAGGCUCCAGCACGCCCGCGACCCUAGUGAGGAGAAGCGGCUCAGAAAAUGGAUGGAUGGACAUCUGCCAAAUCCUCAAAUCAAGUCACCCUCUUCCACGUCGGACCAGGUUAAUUCGUCGAUCAAUGCCCCCCUUUGUAUCCCACUUGUUAUAACCCCAGCACAAAGUCAGGAGGGUUGACCCCAUAGGGCCGAAAUACAGUAGAUGGUCUUGGUCCAUCGAUAUUUCCAUGUGCAGCGUAAGAGGCUUAGUGAGGCAUUUGCUAACAAACUACUAACAGACUCAUGAACCAAUCAAGUUGGAGGGCUGCUCCUUUCUGACCUCUCUCUUUCAACCCCUACCGACGUUGAAUAUACAUUUUGAAGUGGAAUUCUAUCGGAGGACUGCAUGACCUCAUACUCCCAUAACGGCAAAAAUAUUUCUAGCCAUAAUUUCUCCCACAAUCCUAUCGAGUGCCUCUGCCCACCCCACUGACUCGGGAGAUUUCUGACUCUCAGUAAAAUGUAACCCUCCUUGUACUGAAAACUCCUAAAUAUCUGCCCUGCCUAGCCUUUCCCAUUUGUUGCUGUUCAAGGGCAGGUGACCUGCUUAAUACCAAUUACCAAAUGACCUCAAGUGAUCACCGACCGACUCCGACCUCCGCCACACGGCAUCCUUGAUGGCUUCGAGAUGUGUCCACUUUGUCCCCCACUGAAACGGACUUUUCAUCAUAUUGUUCCAAUCCGCUUGGUAAACGUGGAGACGCAGGACCAUUCAGCUGCUCUUUGUCUUUCCAGCUUUCCGCCGUCUCCACCACAAAGUCCUUUCCUUGGCUCUCUUUCUGUCAUGAGAAACAUCCUUCAUAUAGAUGCGAUCGUCAGGUUGACGAGUCUCUCUCAGUCUCUCGUGACAAAUAAUAACAGUUGCGCUCCCCUUCCUGGCUGCACGGCAUUGCUUUUGUCUUUGUUAUUGUUGCGGAUAAACUGAAAAGCCGAAACCGGCGACCGACCUGCGGCUGAGAGGGGACACACUGGGUUCUCACUUGUCAAUAAGUUCACGCGAGCACGACUGAGCCUCCCAUAGUCACCUGUUCAGUAAACAGCGUUUCUGUCAUCGCUUCUAAAUUUGGUUGAUAUCCCCUUACUUUCUAGCUUGUUCAAUUAAGUCAGUGGAAGAUUUUUAAGUCGAACUAACCUUUGUUCUUGUCUUCCAUUUUCCCAUGAGCCCUGGGGGAGCGACCGGGGACGACCGCCGCCAUCAACGUCGUCAUCUUGCGCUUCCUUUUCCACACGCGUCGGGAACGCGCCUGUCUGUCAGGGAAGACGUGACCGCGCCACCUCAUCCACACGCAGCAUCAGCACUGGGGCGCCCCAAGUUUGCAGAUGACACCGCUGUCAUCGGCCUCAUCAAGGACGCCGGCGAGUCUGCAUAUCGACAGGAAGCGGAGCGCCCGGAGCUGCGGUGCGGCCGACACAACCUGGAGCUGAACACGCUCAAGACUGUAGAGAUGAUCGUGGACUUCAGGAGGCAUCCUUCGCCACAGCUGCCCCUCACGUUGUCCAGCCGCCUUGUGUCAACCGUCGAGACCUUCAAGUUCCUGGGAAUUACAAUCUCCCAGGACCUGAAGUGGGCGACCAACAUCAACUCCGUCCUCAAAAAGGCCACACAGAGGAUGUACUUCCUGCGGCUUCUGAGAAAGCACGGCCUGCCACCGGAGCUGCUGAGACAGUUCUACACAGCGGUCGUCGAAUCGGUCCUGUGUUCUUCCAUCACGGUCAGAAGAUACACCAAGUACUCUCCUGCCUGCCUCUCUGAUCACCUUGGCUGCAGUGGUCCAGUCUUCUGGAAGCUCCUCCCGUCCACCGAGAGCCUGUCUCACCUCUUUCCGAAAAGCUGCACAACACUCGUCCUGUCUCAGCUUCCACCACAUGGUUCUCUUCCCAUCUACACCAUGGUACCAUGGUGGACGGAGGGGUGAUGGAGCAUGUGACUUUGGCGCGAUUCCAUGGCAGAGAGCUCUCGGACCAUGAGGACGCCGCACAGCUGUUGAGCUCGCUGCCGGACUCACUGUGGUCUGAGGGGUCUGUGUACAUCCGUGCAUCCGGUAACAUUCGAGGUAGACCCGACUGCUUUUGUUGACGUGCCGUAGUAUCCUUGUAAACAAGAGGCCAUAGAAGAUAUCGCGGAAACCCAAAUUCUGAAAUCCCCACGCUUUGGUCCAUAAAUGAUGUUAUGAAACUGCGGAACUGCUGGCCAUGUGCAGGGCACUAGAGUUUUCUGAAGGUCAGAGUGUUACUAUUUAUUCAUGGUGCUGAUGCUGCAGCAGAAAAAAGUAGCAGGCUAAUAAAUGGAUAGAUGCUUAGAGAGCAUUUGAAGUGACGGAAGAUUGUGAGAAGCACAUUAACGCGUACGAUGGCUUUAAACUUGUUUAUGCCUAGAAGAGGAGUCAUGAAAAAUGUGUUAACUUGUGCGUCAGAGGGAAUCAUUUUGGGUUGUUUACGGAAUGGCACACAAGGAAGUGGCAGGAUGGUUGUAAUUGUGAAUAUUCAGGGACGCUGUGAUUUUUGUAAGUCGAUAUACAUCGAAGUUCCUGUUUGGGGCAAACCAAAUUAAGAAAAUGAUGCAAGGGACACCAGUCAACUCAAGACAUCCUUACAAUAUUUAGUUGAUACAGUAUAGUGACUAUUAAUGCAGCAUAGCGAAUGCCACUCUUUUCAUUCACAGAAGUGAAGGAUGGGCCAUAGAGGGGUCAAGGUUGAGUUGCUACUUAUGGUACAUACGAUAUGAGACUGUGCCUCAUUUGCAUCGUGUGCCAGGGAAAUGAUGAGGAGCACAUGUCUUUGAGAAUGACGACGUGAUUUGGUAUGAGGAUUCAUCUGUUUGAUUGUCUCCCCAGAUUCAGCACUAGAGCAGGGAAGACCAAGAGGAUUUUUCCAUCUGUCUGGCAAGCCAAUUUGGAGGAGGGUUAUUUAGUUGCAUUCUGUCUCCUAAAUCAGGUCGAUUACAACACUUUGUGGACAAGCGGAGAGCUACUUUUUGAGCGAAAGGGACACAUUUAUCAGGGAUAGUAUUCUUAGAUUUUCAAAAAAAGAAGAUAACAUUGUUGCCCCAGUGAUUGGGGACUGGUUCCUUACGGCGGUUGGGGAGGCUUGGUCAAGGCAUUGAUCAUGUGAGACAUAAAGUAAUGAAUGAUACACAAAAGGGGUCAUCGGGAAGCACCAUAUAUAGAUUAAUUAAUACGAGUUAAGGUUGAUUGAGGAAAUAGCAGACAGAAUAAUCUGGGAAGUCCUGCGGUGCCCUGAGCCCUAAAAUAGCCGGGAACUUGCACUAAAAUGUUAAAUGACGGCGAAAAGCUGGAAAGACAAAGAGCAGCUGAAUGGUCCUGCGUCUCCACGUUUACCAAGCGGAUUGGAACAAUAUGAUGAAAAGUCCGUUUCAGUGGGGGACAAAGUGGACACAUCUCGAAGCCAUCAAGGAUGCCGUGUGGCGGAGGUCGGAGUCGGUCGGUGAUCAGUGGCUCGGCGGAAGAUGGUGGGGACACACUUGAGGUCAUUUGGUAAUUGGUAUUAAGCAGGUCACCUGCCCUUGAACAGCAACAAAUGGGAAAGGCUAGGCAGGGCAGAUAUUUAGGAGUUUUCAGUACAAGGAGGGUUACA